GCGGGUGGUCGCCCGGAGACUCCGCACCUCGGGAGUGACGUCCUGCUGCAGUGCCGCUGCCUGCCUACGCUGCCCGAGCUCGUCAAUGGAGCUGGAAAACAUCGUUGCCAACACCGUCUUGCUGAAAGCCAGGGAAGGGGGUGGAGGGAAACGCAAAGGCAAAAGCAAAAAGUGGAAGGAAAUCCUGAAAUUCCCUCACAUUAGCCAGUGUGAAGAUCUCCGAAGAACAAUAGAGAGAGAUUACUGCAGCAUAUGUGAAAAGCAGCCGAUCGGAAGGCUUCUCUUUCGGCAGUUCUGUGAAACUCGACCCGAGCUCGAGUGCUGCAUUAGGUUCCUUGACUCGGUGGCAGAAUAUGAAAUUGCUCCAGAUGAAAAGCUGGGAGAGAAAGGAAAGGAAAUCAUGAUGAAAUACCUCAUCCCAGAGUCUCCAGCCUGCGUUCCCGAAGUCAGUCAAGAUCUUAUCCAACAGACAGAGGAGAAACUCGAAAACAGCCCCUGCAAAGAGCUAUUCUCUCACUGUACAAAAUCUGUCCUUGACCACCUCAGUGGGGAGCCAUUCCAAGAAUACCUAAACAGCAUGUACUUCGACAGGUUUCUCCAGUGGAAGUGGUUGGAAAGGCAACCAGUAACAAAAAACACAUUUCGGCAGUACAGGGUACUAGGGAAAGGCGGCUUUGGGGAGGUCUGCGCUUGCCAAGUCCGAGCGACAGGGAAGAUGUACGCCUGCAAGAGAUUAGAGAAGAAGAGAAUAAAAAAGAGGAAAGGCGAAUCCAUGGCACUAAAUGAAAAGCAGAUUUUAGAAAAAGUCAAUAGUCAGUUUGUAGUCAAUUUAGCCUAUGCCUAUGAAACAAAGGAUGCACUGUGUUUAGUUCUGACCAUAAUGAAUGGAGGGGACCUGAAGUUUCAUAUCUACAACAUGGGAAACCCAGGCUUUGAGGAGGAAAGAGCUUUGUUUUAUGCAGCAGAGAUUCUUUGUGGCUUAGAAGACCUACAUAGAGAAAAUACUGUGUACAGAGAUUUGAAGCCAGAAAAUAUCCUGCUAGAUGAUUAUGGCCAUAUUAGAAUAUCUGAUUUGGGUCUAGCUGUUAAAAUCCCUGAGGGUGAAUCAAUCCGUGGAAGAGUAGGAACAGUAGGGUAUAUGGCUCCAGAAGUGUUGAACAACCAGAGAUACACACUCAGCCCUGACUACUGGGGGCUAGGCUGUCUCAUUUAUGAAAUGAUUGCUGGGCAAUCACCAUUUCGUGGAAGGAAAGAGAAGGUGAAGAGGGAAGAAGUGGACAGAAGAGUGCUGGAGACAGAAGAGGUGUACUCCCAUAAGUUUUCUGAGGAGGCCAAGUCCAUCUGUAAAAUGCUCCUCACCAAAGACGUGAAGCAGCGGCUAGGAUGUCAAGGGGAAGGUGCAACAGAAGUGAAGAGGCACCCCUUUUUCAAGAGCAUGAAUUUCAAGCGGUUGGAAGCAGGAAUGCUGGAUCCUCCCUUUGUCCCUGAUCCCAGAGCAGUAUACUGCAAGGAUGUGUUAGACAUCGAGCAAUUCUCCACAGUGAAAGGAGUUAACCUGGACCAAACAGAUGAUGAUUUCUAUUCCAAGUUUUCCACAGGAUCAGUGUCUAUUCCAUGGCAAAAUGAGAUGAUAGAAACAGAGUGUUUCAAAGAACUGAAUGUAUUUGGACCAAAUGGUACUAUUUCACCAGACCUAAACAAAAGCUACCCCCCAGAGCCACCCAAGAAAGGAUUGCUACAGAGAAUAUUUAAACGACAGCAUCAGAACAAUUCAAAGAGUUCUUCAAAUUCAAAGGCCAGUUUAAAUCACCACAUAAAUUCAAAUCACGUAAGUUCAAACUCCACUGGAAGCAGCUAGUUCCAACUCAGUUUUAUGAAACAACAUGUUGCAUCCUUCCACUAUAAUCUAUGGAGCUUCUAUGGAUGAGAGAGCCUCCACCGUUGAGUGAAAAAAAAAGGAUCUCCCAAAAACGGAGAUUUUCUAUCCAUUCCUUCCAGUGGAGCCUCGCAUUUUAAGAAGAAUUUUCCACUCAGGUCUGUUUUUGGAGGUGGCACUCGAGACUGUGUGAAUCAAAUUUGUCUAUUUAGAACAUUGCAAUAGAAAUUCAAUGAACAUGACU